AUGCCAUCCCCACCAGCCUCCGCCUCCAUCUGGAGCCGGAAACGCGACCUCGUCUAUCUCAUCUUCUUCAUCAUCCACAUCCCAACAAUCUUCAUGGUCGACGCCGUCCCCCUCCUCCCAACCGCCCUCCAAACAAACCUCGCGCACCAAAUCCGCGCCUUCUACGUCUCCUCCUACAACGACAAGUUCUUCGCCGAGGCCCCUCCUCCCUGGUUCACCGCGUUCAUCGCAAUGGAGCUCUUCUACCACGCCCCGCUGAGCAUCUGGGCCAUCCCGGCUUUGAUCCGCGAUAACGCUAUGGUUCCGGUGCAUCUGCUUGCGUUCGGCGUGCAGGCGUUCGUGACGAGUUUGGCGUGUCUGGUGCAGGUGUGGAGCUGGGAGGAUCGCACUGUUGCGCAGAAGAGGAGUAUUACGAUGUUGUAUGGGCCUUAUGUUGCUUUGGGGGCGUUUAUGACGCUGGAUAUGGUCUUUAGACUCAGGGGGAGGUUAGUGGGGAAGAGGAAGCUGGCGUAG